CGGCCGGCGGUUGAUGGAGGUAUCGGAGACCGCGCGGCGCCGGGAGUGAGCGGCCGAGCGGUCGAGCAGCCGGACCUCAGCGGACUCGUCAUGGAAGAGGAGGGUGUGAAGGAGGGCGGCCAGAAGCCUCGGAGCGCGCAGACAGCAGACAAGGCUGGCUGGAUCAAGAAGAGCAGCGGGGGCUUCCUAGGGCUCUGGAAGGACCGCUACCUGCUCCUCUGCCAGGCCCAGCUGCUGGUCUACGAGAAUGAGGAUGAACAGAAGUGUGUGGAGACGGUGGAGCUGGGCAGCUAUGAGAAGUGCCAGGACCUUCGUGCCCUCCUUAAGCGGAAGCAUCGAUUUAUCCUGCUGCGGUCCCCAGGGAACAAGGUCAGUGACAUCAAGUUCCAGGCACCCAGUGGGGAGGAGAAGGAAUCCUGGAUCAAAGCCCUCAAUGAAGGAAUCAGCCGAGGCAAGAACAAGGCUUUUGAUGAGGUCAAGGUGGACAAGAGCUGUGUCCUGGAGCAUGUGACACGGGACCGCGUACGUAGGGACCAGCGGCGCCGGCCCCCUACGAGAGUCCACCUGAAAGAGGUAGCCAGUGCUGCAUCUGAUGGGCUUUCGCGUCUGGACCUCGAUGUUCCGAACAGCGGGCCACCAGUGUUAGCCCCUAGCGACGAUGUCGAUGCAGCCCAGCCCCGGGAGACACCCCGGCCGCCCAUGCCUCCUGCCAAGCCUUCCCCAGCGCCUGAGACCAGCAGUGCUGGUGACAGAUUGGAGACCCCUGUGGGGCAGAGCGCCCCUACCCCUGCCCCAGCAAGCGCUGAGGCCCACCCUGAAAGCCAAGAAGACUCAGAGACUCCAGUGGUGGAGGACAGUGACUCUGAGCAGCCCCCCAACAGGAUCCUGCCUGACAAGCUGAAGGUGAGCUGGGAGAACCCCAGCCCUGAGGAGGCCCCUGACUCUGAGAGUGCAGAACUGUCCCAGGUGCCGGGUGCUGAGACUUCUGAGGCUGGGCCCAGGGAGGGUGGGAAGCCCCCUACCCCCCCGCCCAAGAUCUUAUCGGAGAAACUGAAAGCGUCCAUGAAUGGCGUGGAAGCUUCUGGGCCAGCUCAGAGUCCUGGGGCCUCUGAGGCGUCUGCUCCAGGCCCAGCAGAGGUCUCAGUGAAUGGUGUUGAUGACAGUCCUGAGCCCCUCCAGUCAUCCCAGGCUGCAGGACCCCCAGGAACUCCCCCAAAGGCUGCAACGACAUCCACCGCCCUCCCCCCCUGGGACCCACAACCUCAGUUCCAUCCCCGCUGCUCCUCCCUGGGGGACCUGCUGGGGGAAGGCCCCCGACGUCGGUGGCAGCCUGGGGAGCAGCUGCAUCGGGCUCAGCUGGAGGUGAAGGUGGCCUCAGAAAAGACAGAGAAACUGUUGAACAAGGUGCUGGGCAGUGAAUCAGCCUCCGUAAACGCCGAGACGUUGCUCAGCCAGGCUGUGGAGCAGCUGAGACAGGCCACCCAGGUCCUGCAGGAGAUCAGGGACCUGGAAGAGAUGAGCCAGGAAGCACCUGGGCUCCGGGAGAAGAGGAGGGAGCUGGUGACCCUCUACAGGAGAAGCGCACCCUAGGGCCUGCCGGGCCAGGGACGUUCCCUGCUGGCCGGCUUAGUCCCUCAGAGCCCAGCCCUGCCGAGAAAUGUGUUUCUUCAGGCUGUAGAAGGGCCAUCAGGCAUGUCUGGGUUCGGCCAGGACCUGUAGAGACUCCUGGGAUCCUUCCCUCCCUGCCCUGGCCAAAGGUGCCAGGUAGCGCCCAGGGCUGCUGUCUGGCUGGGCCUCCGGUUCUGGGCUUGGGCUGGGAGCACACACUCGGGACGUCUGUGCUUGUGUGGUUGUUCCGAACAGCCCGAGGGCCUUGGCACAGUGCUCGGGGUUUCCGGGGGCGGCAUCAUCUCUACUUCCCGCCCUCAAUGGUUUACAUUCCUGACUUCUGAAUAGAGCACAUGGCCAGAUGUUCCCAGGCAGAGCCUCGUGGCAGAGGCAGCUUCAGGCCAUA